UUUUUUGUCACCAUUUGUGGGAUAAAUUGGGCGGAUAACAUAUUGUUCCUAUGAUGCAAAUGUCAAACUUGGGUAAAACAUGGACCGUUUGUUACGAGUUAUCAAGAAUGAGGUUAACCAUUUUUUCAACUUUCUUUGUCUGGAUAUUGUUUUGCAUUUCUUCAUAAUUUUCUAUUUGUAUAACAGCUUGUAUUGAUUAUCGGCUAUUUUAAUUUCAGAUAAAUUGUAGAUAUAGACUUCAUCCAAUCACAACCCCACCAUGUCCAUACCUCAGUUUUUCAAGGUCACUUUAAAUCACGUGCGACAUAUCGAGACCCUAAUCUAGACAUAUCCUUUUAACCGUUAUAGUUCAUUGACAACGUCAUAACCAGAUAAUUUUUGUUGUAUUCAUCGCUUUUUGUAAUGAAUGGGAAUCGAUCAGUUACAAUUAUCGGAGAAGUAGCUGAGCUGGUAGCAACAACAUCAUCUUGGAAGGAACACAAAUUUGCCCCAGGUUGAUAAUCGACGGGGGUCAAGUAAACAUCGCCAUCGGCCACAAACACAUCGGUUGUUAACUUGAAGUAAACAAGUUGUGAAUAUAGUUUCGAGGGCGAUAAGAAAAUAGCAGAUUACUUUGGAACAACACGAGGCGAAUUAUGUUUAUAAAAGAACAGUCAAGUUUGUUUUGGCUGAAGUUAAAGUUCUGCAGCGUAUUCAUCGCCUCUAUUUGCAAAAAUUGUUCCCGAAAACAGAAAUUUGAUUUUGACAUGCGAAGUUAGAAUUUGAUCUUUAAAAGAGACUUUGUGUAUAACUUAUUGCUAUUUGUUCGAUUUUAUUUGGGCAAUCAAAUCGUUAACAUUGGGAAAGCAAAUUUGUGAACGAAUUCAAUAGUUCGAAAAUUCAGCUGGCUUUUAAAGCCCUUGAGUUAAACCAGGGACAUUCCGAAAGCGUUAAGGUGAAACUUCAUCUUAAAUGUAAUGCUUUAAGCACUCUUAGCUGAACAUACAAACCAGAUCAAAUUUUGUAGUAUAUUGUGUAAAUUUUAGAAUGGAGUGGUUUUAUUUGAGCUAAAACUUAAUGGUUCGAUAAGACCGCUUUCUAUUUACUUUCAGCGACUAUUUUUUCUUUUUAUCCUCGGGCGUGCUACUUUGCUUUGGAUAACCGCUCUUAUUUUGAGCGAAGGGUCAUCAAUUUCUAUACAACUGCGCUAUCGGCGCAAUUUUGAUAUUAACGAUCCAUUGUUUUAUGUCACAAAAUCUGCCCAUUAAUAAAUUCGUGUUUCAUCUCUGCAUGAAAGUCGUGUGUUUGCAAUAUUGCAAUACUUUGCAGAAUUUUAAUCUAUUUUGAAGCAUUAUUGUAGUUCAAAAACUUUCAUUUCUUGGAGCUGAGCUUUAACGUUACAUAUCUUCAAGUGUCUUAUUCCGUUCUAGUUAUCUUCCUUCCAGCUGCAUCUCAUUAUCAUCUUAAUUAGUUCAUAACUAGUCCUAACCAGAGUUAUAACUAUAGCAUGACGGAGAUCAAAGUGAAUCAAAAUGUUCACGCCAUAACUGUAAAUGACGAAGAUGCGGAAUUACUUAACCAUCGGCUAACUGUUACUGACCAACACCUCCCCGAUACAUCUUCACGUCUGUUCGAACAGCCGACAGUCCACGACGACGAAAGUGACUUCAUCUCAACGUGGCCGAAAAGAUCGUCGGCAUUGCUGGACAAUGGGGAUUUGAACGUCAGUGCGGGGUGUGUUGGCGCCUCUUUAUGUAACUGUGUCGACAGUUUCUUCACUUUUAAUCGACGCUUUCCUUGCUUUACGUGGUUGAAAACUUACUCCUGGUCCAAAUUACUCCGCGACUUCAUAGCGGGAAUAACAGUGGCUUUAACUGUUGUGCCACAGGGAAUAGCGUAUGCCAAAGUUGCCGGUCUUCCUGCCGAGUACGGACUCUACUCUUCGUACAUCGGUCCACUAGUGUACCUCAUCUUCGGAACCGCCAAAGACAUAACAAUGGGGCCAACGGCUGUAAUGUCCUUAAUUGUGGCAGCAUAUACCAAAGGAAACUAUCCUCAAUAUGCAGUGUUAUUAACAUUCUGCGCAGGUAUAACCCAAUUACUAAUUGGAGUCUUACAACUUAGCAUGUUAAUUAAUUUUGUGUCGCAUCCUGUGAUAUCUGGCUUCACGUCUGGCGCAGCCUUAACCAUAGCUUACGGACAAGUUGGUGCGUUGCUAGGCAACGAUAAAAUAGACGGAGAUCAUUUAUACCAACAGGUGUACCAGACGUUCAGGUACAUCAAGCACAUCAAUUGGUGGGACUUGAGUUUGGGAGUCAUGUGUCUCGUCAUCCUUCUGUUUUUGAGAUAUCUUAGAAGUGCGACGCUAUUCAAAAACACAGGUGACUCGCCCUCGUAUGUAAUUAGGAUAAUAAGGAAAGUAUUUUGGAUCAUCUGCAUUGGUUCUAACGCAGUUGUAGUUCUGACUGCGUCUUUUGCUGUAUACAUUUGGUCAGUGGUCGGCGAUCACCAGUUCUCGACUGUGGAGAAAAUUGAAAACGCAGGCCAAGUUCCAAUAGGGAUGCCGCCUUUUGGGUUCGUAGACAAAGCCACGAACACUACAGUUUCACUUGUAGACAUGGUAGUUGAUAUCAAGGCAGGGUUUCUGAUAGUUCCGCUGUUGGGUAUUCUGGAAAGUAUUGCAAUUGCGAAGUCCUUUGCUCGCAAAAACGACUACCGAAUUGAUACGACUCAAGAGCUUGUCGCGAUUGGACUCGCAAAUGUGGCGUCUUCGUUUUUCAACGCGUACCCAAUAACUGGAAGUUUUUCCCGGACGGCCGUCAAUUCACAGUGCAACGUUGCAACUCCGAUGGGUGGUUUGUUCACAUCGAUAGUUGUCUUUUCAGCCUUACUUUUCCUAUCUCCGUUAUUCGAAUACAUUCCGGAAGCCUCACUUGCUGCCUUAAUCAUUUCAAGUAUUAUCUUCAAUUUUGAUUACAAAAUUAUAACUCAUUUGUUCAAAACAAAAAAGACAGAUUUCCUAACAGUGGUGCUAACAAUUCUCAUGUGCUGUUUAACCUCCGCCGAAUAUGGUAUUAUAUCUGGGAUUGUAUUUUCAUUGCUAAUGAGUCUGUGUCCAAUGGCAAGUCCAAGAAUACGUCUGGACCGAUUCCGCGAAGGAGCUCUGGUGAUAGCCAGAUUCGACCACGGUCUAAAUUUCCCCUCAGCUGAAGUGAUAGUUGACACAUUCUCAGAACACUUCGAGCAAAUUGAGAAAAAGAAAGUUGUCGGUCAGAAUACCGUCGACCCCAAAUGUUGCAUCAUAGAUCUAGACCGGGUUUGGCAAAUUGACCAGUCAGUUUGUGUUAGCCUUGCCACCGUGAAGAGUUUUCUAGAGAAGAAAGGAGUUAAAGUCUUUCUAAUACGAGCCUGUCCAGGAGUGUUAUCUACCUUGGACCGAUCACGUUGUAACGAUGAAAUGCCGCCAAGUUGGGACCAUUUCGCCUCUUUGGAAGAAGCAGUUUCGGUGUUCACCGGUGAACAUCUACUGAAUGGUGUGAAUAAUAAUAACAACUCGUUUCAAGAUUCUACCGGGCAUCAGAUGGAUGAGGUAAAAGUGACAAAUCAUCGUGACAGUCUUGCCAAAGAAGUCGAUUUGAAAAACGUGGACGCGGGAGGCGAUAAAAGUAAUGGAAGUAAUGCGAGUUUCCUGGCGAACGGUAGUAGUAGUAAAGUCCUGGGGAAUUCGCCUGCUAGUCCUAGUAGCACGGAAUCGUGAAUUUGAUGGAUGUAUUUUGCAAUGGUGCUGGUAAUUCAAUUCACACAGUAUUUUGUAAAUGCAUUCAUCUACUUUGGCAUCAAAUGUCAUCUUAUAAAUCUAUAGUGUAAACAGAUUAUCAAUUUAUUAUCAAUCAGGAAUUCCAACAACUCUGAGAAAAAUAUGUCAUAAAAAUAAUUGCCUGAAUAUCAACAAAUAACACAUGAUACUACGGCUCAAGAGCCUGAAAACAACAAUUUUUUUUUGAAUUGAAGCAAGGAUAGCUGAUUACUGUGCAAGUAGCAAAGAAUGUUCCGACCGUAGUCUUUAAAAAUAUUAAGAAAAAUUUUUUUUCCUGCGUGGUGUGAUA